CUGCUGCAACAGCUGAGAUCACUUCCACUUUGCGCACUGGCGACGAUAGCAGAGGCUGCACUGCCCACAGUGACUGCGACAGAGACAGCGACUGCGACACCGACAACGGCUGAUGUUAUUUUCAGUUGCGAGCAGAGCGUCGGCCAAAGAUUUACAGUAACAACACGAAGCUAAUCAGCAGCGUUUGGCGGUUCGCGUGCAGCGUGCGCUCGAUUUCGCCAUACGGAGAGAAGUUAAAACGAGGAAAAUGUGAAAAUGUGAAAAGUGAAUGAAACGCACGAGGAAAAUUUGUAAAAAUCAAACCCAAUUACAGGCCACCAAAUUCUGAAAUGUGAAAACCUAAAACAGAAAAAAAAUAUACACAUAUGUAUGUUAUAUAUAUCCAAAAUAUUCUGAAUCUGUGAAACGUCAGAAAAAAAAGAAAAAUAAUACACACACCGUUUAUGUUCAAGUGUAGCAAUAAACACAGACCAAAUCGAAAAUGUGAAUAUACUAGUAGUUUUUUUUUUAACAUUUAAAUUGUGCGUGCAAAAAUUAAACAAGACAUAAAAACAGUUUAGACGAACACGUUGAACACUUUAAAGGAAAAUGCAUUCGUCUUCCACGACAACGACAACAACAACUAAAACAAAGAAGCUCAGCAGCAGCGGAGGCGUCGGCGUCGGCGGCAGCGGCAGCGCCAGCACUGUGGCUAUGACAACUGCCAGUAAGACGACAACAACAACCACACGCAAACCAGCAACAGUUGCUGGUGCUGGAGCUGUUGCUGUCGGCAGCCAAAAGUCGCCGAAGGCAACGCCGUUGAUCGGAAGCGAUGAGCACGCAGAGAUCGUGGAGCUGAUAAGCGAGCAGGCCGAUGCCAUCUAUCACCAGUGGAAGAAUUCCGGAGCGCCGCCCGCCGAGCUACUGGAUACGUACAAAAGUCCGACGGCCACCGGCAACUUUGCGGAUGUUGCUGUUGCACCAACAAAUCUGAGCAAUACGGAGGGCUUGCAAAAGAUGGUCACCAGCUUCGUGAACAAAGACAAAGAGCAGCGAAGCAAGGGCGGGGGCAUAAAGAAAACGGAAGUGGGCGUGGCGGUGCAAUCGAAUGGCAAGACGAAGAAAUCAGCAACAGCAGUAGUAACAGCAACAGCAACAGCAACAGCAGCAGCAACAGCAGCAUCAACACCAACAACAGCAACUGUCAAGGCCGGCAAAUCAAGUCAAGUGGAGCAGGCGCUGCAAUCACCCAAAAAGGUUGCUGCCGUCUCUAGCAAAGCGUUGCGCGAUGUAAAUCUCAACUAUGACAUCAAUUUGCAGCUGGACGUGAACAAUUUGUCACAGCAACAAACACAGCAACUGCUGCAAAUCAGCGAGUUGUUGCACAAGGAGGCGACAGCAGCGGCAACAGCAACAGCUGCCAAAAAGCGACUGAGCAGCAGCAGCAACAGCAGCAGCAACAACAGCAGUAACAAGAUCAACAGCAACAGCAGCAAUAGUUUAAACAACAGCAGCAGCAAGUUAACAGCAGCAGAGCAGCCCACAAAAAAGAUAAGCAAAGUCAGCAGCAGAAGCAGCAACAACAGCAACAAUAGCCAAAGCAUCAUCAGUGUGGAUGCGUUGGAUGCGCCGCGUGUGGGCGUGUCAGGGCUGGAUGAGCCCACUAAGAGUGCCAGCGAUCCGGCAAUCGGCAGCCGUAAAUUACACAAAACCAAAGAGAACAACAAUAGCGAGCAACACAAGCCGGCGACGGCAGCAACGGCCAAAGAAAAGCUGUCAAUAACACGAAAAGUUACUGGCAGCAGAAGCAGCGCCAACAGCAGCAACACUGAUAACAGCAAAGCCAGCAACAUUGUAGCGAGUGUAAUACCCGCAACUGCAACACCAACAGCAGCAGCAGCAGCAGCAUCUGCUGCCGUUAGCACACCAGCAACAUUGGCGGACACAACGAUGCCAACGUUGACUAAAAUCAAACCGACUAGCGGCAGCCGAGCAGCGCUCACCAAUGGCCAGGACAAGAAUUUGGGCAGACCGAUCCUAACACGCGGCUCGGUGGCGGAGCGCGUGAUGCUCUUCGAGAAGCGGCCGGAUGUGCGCAACUCGUUUCUUGAUAUCAAACGGCCAGCGGAUGCGCCGCCCAAAAGUUUGCUCAAGGUCAAGCUGCAUGCAACGCCGCCGCCUCCGCCGUCACAGGAACAAAAUCUAUUACAAAAGGAGAUACGCAGCUCCAAGAGCGUCUACAUACCCAGAUUUUACUUUCCACAUGGCAAGCCGCAGCCAACCAUUGCCAUGGAGCGUGUCAUUCGCGGCAUUUUGUCCGCCUUCGAUAGCUUUCCCAACAAUCAGGUGACCAAGGAUGAGCUGCCCCGCAUCCUGAAGCUGUGCGGCCUGCCCUUCUAUUGGCGCAUGCCGGUUAUGAUCUUCUGCCAGGCGGGCACCACGGGCUUGGUGGAGCGCCAGCGUUUUGUCGAGUUCUGGAAGCAAAUGAAUGUCUAUUGCCAUGAGGCGGCCUCGCGUUUUGUCUAUAUUCUGUCGCGCGGUCAACGCUUUCGUUCCUAUAUUGUGCCAGAGGAUUUGGUGCCGCUGGUGCAGGAUGUGGUCGAUACGCAUCCGGGUCUGGCGUUUCUAAAAGAAGCCACCGAAUUCCAUUCCAGAUACGUGCACACAGUCAUCGCGCGCAUCUUCUAUUCGGUGAAUCGCAGCUGGAGCGGCAAGAUAACCAUAUCGGAGCUCAAGCGAUCCGAUCUGCUCGAGAUGAUUAGCCUACUGGAGGAGGAGGAGGACAUCAAUCAAAUCAUGGCCUUCUUUAGCUAUGAGCACUUCUAUGUGAUCUAUUGUAAAUUUUGGGAAUUGGAUAAAGAUCACGAUCUGCUCAUCAAUCAGGACGAUCUGGCCAAGCACAGCGACAAUGCGCUCUCCACCCGCAUUGUGGAGCGCAUCUUCUCCGGCUGUGUAACGCGCAGCGACAACAAAAAGGCGCCCGAAGACGAACCCAAAAUGUCCUAUACAGACUUCGUGUGGUUCAUUCUGUCCGAGGAGGACAAGCGCACGCCGACGGCCAUUGAGUACUGGUUCCGCUGCAUGGACAUUGACGGCGACGGCGUGUUGUCCAUGUAUGAGCUGGAGUACUUCUACGAGGAGCAACAGCAGCGCAUGGAGGGCAUAGGCAUUGAAUGCUUGCCCUUCGAGGAUUGCCUCUGCCAGAUGCUGGACAUGAUCAAGCCUGCGAACCGUGAUUCCAUUACACUGGGUGACUUGAAACGCUGCAAAAUGACGCACGUGUUCUUCGAUACGUUCUUCAAUUUGGAGAAGUAUCUGGAUCACGAGCAACGCGAUCCAUUCGCCGCACAGCGCGAUGAAUCCACCUCCGAUUGGGAUCGAUUUGCGGCACAGGAAUACGAGCUGCUUAUAUCUGAGGAGAGUGAUUGAAGCUCGUGUCGAAAUUCGGGUUUUAAGAACGUAUUCAUAUGCAUACACAAACGCACAAUUACACUAUCUCGCCCAUAUACACUCACUCACAAACACAAGCAAACCCAC